AUGUCGAAGCCUGGCCAGUAUGGCCUGCCGGGCCCCUCGUCCGCGCAAGUGACAGGCGUGCACGACGAGCGCUCGUACACCAUUACACCGCAGGCGCAGGCAGGGAGCAGCAGCAGCAAACCCAGGCGCACCCGCCCAGUACCGAGCCCGCUGCAGGAAUCGAUUACUGCUCGCUCAGCUUCAGAUGCGAGCUCGCCGAGAAGUCCGGGCACCCCGACUGGAUCAGCGGCGCGAACGGUGCACAGUCAGGGCCGCAUACCUACAACCUCGACCAAUGCGAAUGCGCUACUGGUGGAUCGCGUGAGGGGACCUAAUCCUGGCAAAAAAGCUCCUACAAGCCCGACACUUGAGGAGUUUCGUAGCGUCGUCACACGAGAUGCGCUGAGAGAAGCUGCAGCUGCUCAACCGCCAAACAGCCAACUCCGGAACGCUUCUGCUCCCUUAGUAGGCGCUGUAACACCUGGAUCUCAGGUCUCGCCUCCUGCCUCCCCCACCAUGAACUCUUCUGCGUUUCAACCGUCGCACCGCGCCGAGCUCGCCUCCGUUGACGGCAGGCCUAUAAUGGGACGAAACACUUCCAUCGACUCAACUGUGUCCUCAAACUCUGCGGGACAUGGACACUCACAGAAGCCCAGCACUGGUAGUUCCUACCGUGUCUCGCAAGAGAACGCGGGGCCACAGGAUGUAGCAACCAUCAUCGCCGCCGCAGGGUCACCCGAAGCGGCAGUACAGAAGCUGCUGAACGAGAAGAAUCAAGCCGCCUCCCACAAUGCGCAGCUGUGGAGACUGGUCGAGAAGCAGAGAGCCAUGAUUCUGGGGCUCAACAAGGAUCUAGAGAAGACACUCAAGGAGAAGGAGCGCUAUAGGAAGAAGCUCAAAGAUCAUUUGGUGCAGUCGCAGUCGGCGCCGACCCUUACCACCCAGCAAGUUGCCGAAGUGGAUGGACGCGAGAGCAGUCAGUCUCCCGUUACGGCGAGUGACGGUGGCAGAGACGUGGCAACGGCAGCUAUGACGGCUGCGGAAUUGCGUGGUACAAGCUUGGACAGCCGCAAGGUCAGUGAUACAUCGGAGCUUGCCUCGGUCGGUCGUGGGCGUUCAGACACGCCUCAGUCCGCGACAAAGCCGCCCUCGUCGAGCAGUUCUCAAUCUUCGUCUUUGCGAAACUCACCAAAUGUUGCGCAAACGCCAACAUUCGCUUCUGUGCAGCAAGCGACGGCGAACUUUCCAAGCUCGCCGAAGUCAAUUUCCAGCCCGAAAUCCAAGGAAGGCGCGAUCCGGAAAGCUCCGCCGGCACCGCUGCAGCUUUCUCCCAUCCCAAUAGCAAACACGAUGGCAGCGAGCAAGAUUGUUGAUCCAUCUGACUCGGAUUAUGAGGAAGAUCCGGACAGCGCACGUGCCGAGCAGAUGCUGCGCGGUCGGAGAAAGACACGUGAGGAGGACGACCGCGAGCGUGAGGCGGUGGCUAUGCAUGAGCUCGAGCAGCGUAGUCAGUCGAAAAAGAAGAGCAAGAGCAAAAGUAAAGCUACUGCAGCCCAACCUGAGCCUGCCGAGAUGCCGAGUUCAACAACGCUGGCUACAGAGUCGGCGCCUGACGCACGACCAAAGCAACAGCAGGUGUUCCAGGCGACAGCGGACCCGAUCUCCAUUUUGCGACAACGAGCGGUGUCGGAUGGAGCUGGGCUUGUGAAGAGUAACACCGCGCCAUCACUGAUGAGCCCAGGCUUGCCCAUGACUCCUGGCUUACCAAUGAGUCCCCGACCCGGCCACAAGCCCCUGAAUUCACCUAUGCCACGCAUGCCCAACACGCCAAUGAUGCCCAUGUCGCCAAAGGCCGGUUUGGCAAACGUGGCGGGGCUCCCACUGUCACCGAGAGCGCCAAGGCAGCCUCUUCCGAUGGUACCGCAGACUCCGCUUACCUUCGCUUCACCGCACCUCGCACGUGCUGAGAUGUAUCAUCAGCAGGCGCAAGCUCAACAAGGCUCAAUUAGCGAGAUGCUGAAACCAUCUCCAAACCCGAGCCCAGAGCAUGAGCAACCGCCAACGCUCAGCGGUCCGAUACCGAAAACGCCGGGUGAGGUGUAUCGAGGACUUGUGGUGGAGCAGUAUCCGGAUCUUCUACUUCCCCCCAACGCGCUGCCAUCAAUCUAUAUCAGGACAUCAUCGUCCAGGCUGAAGCCUUCCCGCCAAAGCUACAUUGCUCCGAAGCAAGCCGACGAGAGUCCAGUGUUGACGCUUGCGGUAUAUGAACGCUCAGAUAACAGGCAGUUGUGGCGGGUCGAGAAGACCGUGGCCUCAAUUGUCCUGCUCGAUGCUCAGAUCAAGUCGGUCUGUGCGUUCAGAGACCGUCUGCCGGACAAAACGCUGUUUGUCGGACAUGCACCAGCGAAGAUUGACGCGCGCAGAGUCGCCACCGACGCCUACUUCGAAGGCAUGCUUGAUUCGCUGGAGAACGAUACAGCCGCCAAGAUCCUGUGCAAAUUCUUAUCCAUUGACGCAUACGGCGCCGAGGCUAUGGACUACUUUCCUGCAAGCUCCGAUGCUCGGCCAGACACACCUAUCGCGAAACAUCGCUCGCAACGAGCUGGCUACCUUACGAAGCGUGGCAAGAACUUCGGGGGAUGGAAAGCGCGGUACUUCGUCCUUGACGGACCUAAUCUGAAGUACUUCGAGGCGCCAGGUGGUGCGCAUCUUGGGUCCAUCAAGCUUCAGAAUGCGCAGAUCGGAAAGCAGUCAGCCAGCCCAACGAAUGCUACACAGGAAGAUGAAGACAACCAGUUCAGGCAUGCUUUCUUGAUCCUCGAGCCGAAGAAGAAGGAUUCGAACAGCUUGGUGAGGCACGUGCUGUGCGCGGAGAGUGACGAGGAAAGAGAUGACUGGGUAGAUGCACUGCUGCAGUAUGUCGACUUCAAGGACGAAGAGGAAGAGGUCUCAUCCACGAAGGGAACACAAUUCAUUCGUCCGGACCUCAGCGGUGCGCGCAGUCCUCGCUUGCAGAAGUCUAUGAACGAUUUACAGUUGCCGUUGAAGCCCAUUGACCGCACCCACCUCGCUCCAAAGGACUUGCGCGUCGUCAACUACCACGAGACUAUAGCCGGCGAAGCACCAAUUAUAGGUCCUUCGCGCAAAAUGGGCUCCUCAUCUCCGCCUCGUGAAGAUGGCCUCAGCCCGGCCUCGGAGCCGACACCUACAUCAAUGCACCCGAACAUUUCUGCACCGACCAACCUGCACGUCAUUUCCAAUGCUGGAGACUGGGGUAUGAAGCCUCCGCCAACGCCACAGACUGCUAACAAGGACCGGAAGAAAAGCAUGUUCGACUACAUCCGUGGGCGCUCAUCUUCGGACACCGCUCCGGGUCUGGCUUCACCUGGCCUCCCACCACUGGAUCGGACGCAGGCGGGCGGUGGACGUGCUGUCUUCGGCGCACCUCUUUCCGAAGCUGUUGAGUUUGCAAGGCCUAUUGGUGUUGCUACCGAACUGCCGGCAGUCGUUUACCGCUGCAUUGAGUACCUCACCGCGCAGGGCGCUAUAGCUGAAGAAGGCAUCUUCCGGAUGUCCGGCUCGAAUACGGUAGUUAAGGCACUCAAGGAUCGCUUCAACUCGGAAGGUGAUGUCAAUCUGGUGGCAGAGGACCAGUACUACGAUAUCCACGCUGUUGCAAGCUUGCUAAAGCUGUACUUCCGUGAGCUGCCCGUUAGCAUACUCACACGGGAACUGCAUCUCGACUUUAUGCAGUGCAUGGAUUAUCACAGCCAGGAGAAGGUUGUGGCGUUGAACAUGUUGGUUAACAAGCUGCCGAAACCGAAUCGGGCGCUGUUGCACGCUUUGGCGAUGUUCUUAAUGUCGAUUGUGCAGAACGCCGAGGUCAACAAGAUGAAUGUCCGGAAUGUUGGCAUCGUCUUCUCCCCUACCUUGAACGUUCCUGGACCACUCAUCUCUUCCUUCGUCGAGGAGCAAGAGAUCAUCUUCGGCCCACCCAUUGACGACUCAGACUCGCCUGUUUCGGCCACGGAAAUGGUACCGCAAUCCUUCGCAACAGACCUACGGUCUCCGCGCAAGCAGAUGUUCUCAGACUUACCAACACCGGCUUACAACCAGACAACAUUCCAACCACACGGCGCGCUACAUACCGGUGACGUCGGCAUGAUACCCAUGCAACCCAACUACCCAACCUACCAAAUGGCCCCACAAGGUGACGGCGGCUUUGGCAGCUUGAACGACGCCCUUCGUGCACCGACGGUCUACACUACGGCCGCAAACGGAACACCGACCCCGAGAGACGUGAAGACGAAACGACGCGAGAGUGCGAUGAUGAUGCUGAGUCCGCUCACCCCAGGGGGCCCGCAGAAGAAGGCGAGUAUGUCUCGGUUGCGGGUGGGUGAUGGAUCGAGCUUCUAA